UUUGACAUUUCAAUUUCAAGUGUGGUUUGGUAAAAAGAAAUUCCAUUUCGGCAUCUGCUCGAAUUUUUCUUUUAAAUUACCCAAAAUCCCAAUAAAUUAUAUUCAAAAUGGACAAAGGCAGUGCUGCUUUACUUAAAAAACUUCAAUCCGAACUUGAAUCCUACCAAACAGGCCAAAAAACAUUCAUGAAAUUAGCCAAACAACGAACAAUUCUCGAAGGUCAAUUAAAUGAAAACAAAUGGGUACUUGAUGAACUCAAUAUUCUUGGACCCGAUAACAAAGUAUACAAAUUGUACGGUCCGGUUCUUGUUAAACAAGAUCUUGAAGAAUCCCGUCAAAAUGUUGGCAAACGUAUUGAAUACAUUUCCAAGGAAUUAAAAUCAUCCAACAAAACUUUAGAGACUAUGGAAAAGGAUAUUGCAAAACAUCGUGAAAAUGUACAGAAGCUACAACAACAAUAUCAAGUUGCUGUUGCAAUGAAAUAAAUGUCGCAUUUUCUAUUUAAUGUAAAACAUGUUCUUUUUUUUCUUUUCACUAUUUUUUCAUUCAAAUGUAUUCAUAAUUUAUUGUUAAGAAUGUUUUUGUGAGUAGCAAAGAAAAAACACUCCUAAUAAACAUCUUUAAUAAAAAGAAA